UAAUUGCAGAAACGAACUCUCUCCACUCCCCUGGGCUUAAAAAAGCAUUGAGAAAUACCAGCGAUCUGCAAGAAGGGAUUUGUGAAACGAGCACCUCAAACCACAAACGUCACAUGGCCUCGUUCCGUUUUGCUACUUUUGAUUGCUUGUCAAGGUCGUUAUACUUUUCGUCUUCACAGUCCGGGAAUGCUAUUUGGCAAUGAACUAGUCUGAGUAACCUUUAUCCACGAUGUCUUUACAAAGACUUAUGCAACAGCAAAGCAAUGGCACUCUGGAGGACUACUGCAUGGGUCCAGCUUACGACCCUUUCGCUGCGCCAAUGGGGAGCCCUCAAAUAGAUAAUAAAAGGAUUCAAAUGCUGGCAGAUACCGUGGCAACUUUACCCCGGGGACGCAAGCAGCUUGCUGUGACCAGAUCAAGCUCUUUGGGUGACUGUACCUGGCCACAGAGAAGGCUGGUUACAGUGGAAAAACAGGACAAUGGAACUUUUGGAUUUGAAAUUCAGACUUAUAUACAGCAGUUAUACAAUCCUUGCUCCUCAGAGAUAUACACUUUCAUCUGCAAGGUGCAAGAGGAGAGUCCUGCUCACAGCUCAGGACUGCAGAUGGGUGACAUUCUUGCCAAUAUCAAUGGAGUGAAUUUGGAGGGUUUCAGUCACAAACAAGUGGUCGACUUGAUCAAAGCAGCAGGAAACCGACUCAGGUUAGAGACAGUUAAUGGAACAGCGAUCCUUAGGAGGUCGGAGUUGGAAAUCAAAUUGCGGGCUUUGAAGCAAACCUUGAGGGAUAAAUGGGUGGAGUUCCGAUCUCUGCAAUUACAGGAACAACGACUGCUUCAUGGUGAUGAAGCGACCUGCCCAAGCCUGGAGUCAGAAGACUCUUAUUUGCCUGGAAGCCCAGCAUUGGUGGACCCAGCUUAUUUGAUCCGAAACCGUUUCUCCAGCACGAGCAGCUGCAAGAGCUGGAUGAGCUCGAUGACAGUGGAUAGUGAGGAGAGCUUCCAGACCUGUGUUUCUGAGGAUUCGGGUAGAGAGCCUGUCAGCCGGCAGACCAGUACAGAUGACGAAUGUUUCCUCUCCAAGGACAGUGAGCUGGCUCUGAGGAAAUCUUCUCUGAGGAGAAACAGAAGCAUCAGCACGGCGAGUAGCAGUUCGAUGUCUCCCUUGUGGGAGGGAGGGGGCAACCUCUCUAGUGUAUUUGGGACCCUGCCGCGGAAAAGCCGAAGAGGAAGUGUCCGAAAACAGCUUUUGAGAUUCAUCCCCGGCCUUCACCGUGCAGUGGAAGAAGAAGAGAGCCGAUUCUGACAUCGUGGGGCCUUCCCAGUAAUAGCUCAUUUUAGAAAGACUCACAGCAUUAAAAAUCUGUGGGGCCAGUCACCCCCCACUGCUUCACAGGUCGGAUUGGAGGAACUGUUUGUCCCCUCUUGUUUUCUGUCACCUGACCUCAGUCAGGAGUGUCCUUUAUUUAAAUGCUGUGUGCGUGGG